GACGAAGAGGAGGGCGCUCAAGUGCGGAUGUCACCGAACAGGGCUGUGGUGGGAAAGCAAAGACGGAGAGCUCAGUCUCUCCCCCCCCCCCCCCCCCAUCCCCUUCCACCCCUCGAGCCGGCCGGUGGGAGGAAGUGGUACACGGUGUGUGUUUAAAGAGGACUGAACCCUCCCGAGCGGGGGUGGCGGCUCGGUGUCGUGGAGCUUGUGCCCCGGCGUCGCCGCUGCUAAAUUCGACACAGAGCCAACAUGGAGCUGGAGAACAUCGUAGCCAACACGGUGCUACUGAAAGCACGGGAAGGGAAACGAAACAAAUGGGUCAAAUUCUGAAUGGCUGUUGAAAAACAGACUGAACCUAUUUGACUAGGACAAUGACGGCGCUUGAAAAGGACACGUAAGAUCUACGUUUGCGUACCGUACAUUAAUCUACUCAAAGUUAAAGGCCGAGCGUGACCGUCACUCGGGGCGAGAUGCUUCCGAAUAGCGGCAGAGGCGCUCUUCCAGUUAGUUCGAUCAACCACUGGCUGUUCAGCCUGGCACUGAUUCUCAAUGAGAUUUACAACCGGUGAUGUUAAAAAGCUUGCAAAACAAAGCAGUAAGCGCCACCUCGAUGCCGUCGCCUCGGUCGACCCUCUUUUCAGCAACGAGUGGCCCGACGCAGGACGCCACGCUAUGCCUUGGAGUUCGUCAAAGCCUUCUCAGGAGGCGGUGGAAACAGGAAAGGAAAGAGCAAAAAGUGGAAGCAGAUGCUGCAGUUCCCACACAUUAGUUUGUGUGAAGAGCUGCGACAAGCCACCGAGAAGGACUACAGCAGCCUGUGCGAGCGUCAGCCCAUCGGGCGCUUACUCUUCCGACAGUUUUGCGACACCCGACCCGAAUUGAGGCGCUGCGUCAAGUUUCUGGAUCGGGUGGCGGAGUACGAAGUAGCGCGUGACGAGAAGAGGAAGGAAUGCGGUCAAGAACUCAUCGACGUCUUCUUCAGUCCAAAGUCGGAGGACUACGUGCCGGAGUUGGACGAGCCCACGAUGGCCCGGUGUGCGGAGCGGCUGCAGCAGGAGGCGUGCAAGGAGCUCUUCAAGGACUGCACCAAAUUGAUCCAUGACCUUCUGAGCGUGGCGCCCUUCUCAGACUACCUCGACAGCAUGUACUACAACAGGUUCCUCCAGUGGAAAUGGCUGGAGAGACAACCAGUGACAAAGAAUACGUUCAGGCAGUACAGAGUUUUAGGGAAAGGGGGAUUUGGAGAGGUGUGUGCGUGUCAGGUGCGGGCCACGGGGAAAAUGUACGCCUGCAAGAAGUUGGAGAAGAAGAGGAUCAAGAAGCGCAAAGGCGAGUCCAUGGCACUCAACGAGAAGCAGAUCCUGGAGAAAGUCAACAGCAGAUUUGUGGUGAGUUUAGCGUAUGCCUACGAGACCAAGGACACAAUUUGUCUCGUUCUGACACUCAUGAACGGCGGCGACCUGAAGUUCCACAUCUACCACAUGGGCGAGGCGGGCUUCGACGAGAGGAGGGCCGUUUUCUACUCGGCCGAGAUCUGCUGCGGCCUGGAGGACCUGCACAGGGAGCACAUCGUCUACAGGGACCUAAAACCUGAAAACAUCCUGCUGGAUGACCAUGGGCACAUCAGGAUAUCGGACCUAGGUCUGGCCGUCCACGUACCAGAGGGCCAGACCAUAAAGGGCCGGGUGGGAACGGUAGGCUACAUGGCUCCGGAAGUGGUGACCAACGAGUGCUACACCUUCAGCCCCGACUGGUGGGCGCUGGGCUGCCUGCUGUACGAGAUGAUCGAGGGCCAGUCGCCCUUUCAGCAGAGGAAGAAGAAGAUCAAGCGGGAGGAGGUGGAGCGGCUGGUCAAGGAAGUGCAGGAAGAAUACUCCGGAAAAUUCUCAGAGCAGGCCAAGUCGCUUUGUAAAGCGCUGCUGGCAAAAGAUCCCAGGGCGAGACUGGGCUGCCAGGGAAGCAGCGCUUCGGAGGUCAAAGCGCAUCCCAUCUUUCACUCCAUCAAUUUCAAAAGGCUGGAGGCCGGAAUGUUGCAGGCGCCUUUCAUUCCGGAUCCACAGGCCAUCUACUGUAAAGACGUGCUGGACAUCGAGCAGUUCUCCACCGUCAAAGGCGUGGAGCUCGAGCCCAAAGACGAGUCCUUCUACAGUAAAGUGUCCACCGGCAGCGUCUCCAUUCCCUGGCAGGAUGAGAUGAUAGAGAUGGAUUGUUUCACCGAGCUCAACGUUUUCUACCCGGAUGGAGCCGUGCCCCCGGACCUGGACUGGCGAAGACAGCCGUCUCCGCCCCCCAAACAGGGACUUUUACAGCGACUGUUUGGCAGACAGGUGGGGAGCGUACAUUCGCGAGGUGGAUCGACGGGAACGCCAAUCUGUGUCCUCUCUUGCGAAGUUUCACCUGAAUGCCGGCUCGCUUCCCUCUGUGGCGCCGCUUCCGUCUCCAUGCGCCGAAAACCGCAGUCGCCGCUCCGGACUGCUGUGGCAACUGCAGUGACAGCGACGAGGAGCCAACCAGGCUGUGACACACACACCAUAUUUGUUUACAACAUUUUGCACAUUUCUAUUUUGAAGAUAGUAGAUCUCUAAAUAUCUGAAUGUAUUUUCAUCAUAGCCAUAAUAAUGAUGUGUUUUAUUAUUUAAAAAAAAGAAGAAAAAAAAAUCAUGGCUGAGGCUUUUUCUCUCCCUAGAGCAAGAGGAGCGGAAUAAUCACCUGCUGUAAAAAAAAAAAAAGUGCCUUGCUGGAGGGCACAGUGACAAUAAUACUUAGUAUGAGAGGGCAAAGUCCUCCUCCUUUUGUCCAGGGAAUAAAACGAGUGACUUUU